GCGCCUGAGGGCUCUCAUGGAUGAAUGCCAACCCCAUUGCCCCAGAUGCCCUCGUCGGUCCCGUGAGGAAUCGUCCCCCGACAGCGAAUCGCGGCCACGACAUAGAGCUGCCCUCUUAUCGAUUGCCUCUACAAGCGACAAACCGCGUUAGCUCCUGAGUGCAAUUUAAGUCUUGGCCCGUUGCUGGAGGCUCGGCCCAUGCUCGCGUCUAUCCGCAAUCUGGCUCAACACCAUCUUGACUCCUCUCAGCUCGUCGUUGUCUCACCUUUCUCUCCUUCCCUCUCCCGCCCGCCGACCGAUCGAGUGGCAUGAACAAUGUCAACGGGGCGCUCACGCGCGAGCUGCUUUGAUCUGUUAUGACUCUGGCCGCUCACAGUGGCCGUCUAUCGCCUCCCCGUGGCCGCUUAAUAAUCGACCAUGACCCGUUUCCUCGCCCUGUGCGUCCUGGUCGCGGCCACGCUCGUAUCGUCGUGCCUCGCCCAAGACCUACAAGUUCGCGCAAGCAAGAACUCGUCGCUCCCGGCACCCGUCUCUGUCGCGCCCGACCAGGACUGGGAUGGGAUUGAUGGCUCGUGGAACACCAUUACCCUCCGCAUAGGCACCCCUCCACAGUUUGUUCGCGCCUUGGCAUCAACCGCAAGCCAGCAAACAUGGACUAUACACAGUCUCGCUUGCGUGGUCAAUCAGACAGACGCGAAGACCAAUCAGACACAUGAGACCACCGACACCGAUUGCGAAAGCUCCCGCGGACACCUCUUCAACAUCAGCGUCUCGUCAACCUGGCAGGAGAUUGGCUUCUAUCAGUUAUGGACAGAGAAAGUUCUUGGUAUGAUGGGCAAUGGCGAGUAUGGCUAUGACACCGUCGGCUUAGGUCAUCCAGGAGAGGAAGGACCCACCCUCAAGAAUACGACCGUUGGCACUCUGGUUACUCCCAACUUCUGGCUCGGACACUUCGGUCUCAAUGCGAAACCUACUAAUUUCUCUGCUUUCACGGAUCCAUCCCCGAGCUACAUGACGUAUCUCUUCCAGCAGAACCUCAUACCCAGCUUGUCAUUCGGCUACACCGCUGGUGCCCAAUACCACUUUACAAGUGUGUUAAGUAGCCUAACACUCGGUGGCUAUGAUACGUCGCGAUUCAUUCCAAAUGAUCUCACAUUUGGCUUCGCACCAGACAAUGAGAGAGACCUCGUGGUCGGCGUCGUUGGGAUCCAUGUUAACAGCGUAACCAAGUCCAACGUCAACCUCCUAAGCCGUGACCAAUUCACAAUGUAUAUCGACUCCACCGUCGCAGAGCUCUGGCUGCCGAUCGAAAUUUGCCAGGCUUUCGAGCAAUCAUUCGGACUAAAGUACGACAACGAUACGGGACUGUAUCUUGUGGACGACCUCACUCACAAAACACUUGUUGCAGACAAUGCCACAAUCACCUUCAGUCUUGGGCAGAAAUUCUCCACAAACACAACAGUAGACAUCAUGUUACCUUACAAGGCUUUCGACAAGGUAGCGAAACCUCCGUACCAAGGACUGAAGAAUCAAUCGAACUAUUUCCCAAUUCGGCGAGCUACGCAGGAAAACCAGUUCGUGCUGGGACGGACUUUCCUGCAAGAGGCGUACUUGAUUGUGGACUGGGAACGUCAAAACUUCUCCAUCUCGCAGUGUUCGUGGGUCUAUGGCCAGCCGAAAAACAUUGUUUCGAUUACAUCCCCAAUGUACCCAGGCGAAAAAACGACUCUCAGCUCUAAACCAAAGCGUACUACCACUGGAGCCAUUAUCGGUAUUGCAGUGGGAAGUGGAUUUUCUUUCGCCAUGAUAGUGUUUGGCGUGUUAUGGUUCUUCUGGCGGAGACGACAGAAGCGACAUCUCGAGCAAGUCAAGGCAGAAUACGCCACAAAAGCGGCAGCGGCCGCGAAAGAGGCAAAGGCAGAUAAGUCCGAGGAGCCUCCAACAUCGCCAACGAAGUAUUUGGAAGAAGGAACGAAUGUGUUUCCAAAAGCAGAGCUGCCUGCAGAGUCUCUAGGAAGAUCAGAGCUGGACACGACGGAUGUAAAAGCCGGAGAUCCGACAUCGCCAAAUAGUCUUGGGGUGCCAAGCCCCGCCGCAGAGGUGGACAACACGGAGCGCCAGAUAUUCGAAAUGCCGGGAGAUAUCCCCACGCGACAAGAAGCAGACGGACGCCAGCUGUCAGAGAAGGAGUCGAUGAUGGUCCGAGAGAGGAUAUACAACGGAGUAGAUCCCACGGGCCCACCAGAAGUAUCACCUUCAUCAGAAGAGCCGCCAAGGAGACUUGCACCAGUAUCACCGUCAGAGGUUCAGUUGGUGAACAGGAGAAACCAGCCCAACAUUUCACCUGUAACACCGCGAACACCAAGAGAUGGAGCGUUUUUAGAGGCCAACGAUACCUUUUUCCAGCCUCCACGUGCUCCGCGAGACGGCAGGUAUCUUGAGGCGGAAGACACGCUUCUCUCGCCCAUUUCUCCGAUGGAAUCGACGGAUAGCACAUCAAGGCGGCGGUUUUCCUACGAAUAAUGCAUGAAGACAAAAGUUUUGGCGGCUGUGACAUUUUACGAAUGGCGUUCGCUUUGGGACACUGGGCGGCUUUACUAGUGCAGAGCACGAUUAGGCGUGUAAUUUUCUGGCGUUUCGAACGGGCAUGAUACCUUGGCUUUUGCAUAUGGACGGGCGGCACGAGAUUUAGAACGAGCGACAGCAUUUUCGUUUGGACAUGUGAUAAGUCUAUUCUAUAUUGGUCCUGCAUGGGACGCGCACGCUACAUAGGUUCUCCUACCAGUUUCCUGAAUAGUUGUUUUCAGCAUAGCAUGGGCCAGGACGGGCCGUGCUCAGUGGAUGUAGCCAUCUUCUGAUACUGCAGAUCAGUAUCAAUUGACAUCAAUUGACG